AUGGAAUUACAACGGAUAGACAGUAUUUCUCUGAAGGAAGAAUAUCUCCUCAAAAUUUGGGAGGAUUAUGUGCUGGAGAACAUUGUGGAGGCCAAUUCAUGUCAGAUGGCCAUAUUUGACCGUCGGACUAAACGACUGAUUAUUGGCACAGACAAUUUUAAGAUCCAGGCUUGUGAGCUAAGCCAUAUCGCAGAGGGAGUGAUGUACCCCGAUCUAGUUUACAGAAAUGGGGUGACAGUCUGUGGACGGCAUUACGAAGUCCGUCUGGCGGACGGCAAACAGGGUAUAUACGCCCGAAUGGACGAAUAUGGCUGCACCGUUUGUCGGACGCAAUCAUUGCUUCUUAUUUGUAUUAAUGAUUCCCGCGCUGUGGCGUCGGAGUGUAAUGAGCAGGUGAUGAAGCUCGGAGACUUUCUGUUCCAGGCGGGGAUGUAG